ACAAGCGAGUCGAGUGCAUGCUCCGACGAUGACGACUGUACCGCAAACGGCACAGCACCUGACCACUGCUCAGCACAAACUAAGAGAAGAAUAAUUUGGAAGAAGGGCAAUCUAAUGAGAGAUCCACAGACAGUUCAGUUUACUGGACAAAGUGAACUUACAAAGGAUAUUUCAGAGCUAUCGACACCACUCCAAUACUUCAAGUAUCUCUUCCCCAGCUCACUGAUUUCGCUAAUUGCAGAUCAAAGUAACUUGUAUGCGUUACAGAAAGACGUGAGUCAGCCUCUUUGUACAACCGCAGAAGAGAUCGAAACUUUUAUUGGAACUUGCAUGUGGAUGUCCAUAAUUCAAAUGAGGAACACGAGGUGGUACUGGAGUGCAGCGACCAGGGCAAGCCAAGUGGCUGACAACUUUCCUGUGGCUCGCUUCGAAAAACUGAAGCAUAACAUCCACUUCAUUGACAAUAGUACUCUCGGCCCAAAGGACGAUCCAGCAAGAGAUCGGCUUGCGAAGGUACGACCUCUGAUAGACGCCAUCAAUGAGCGGUUGUCGCUGGUACCUCUAGAAGAGCACUUGUCUAUAGAUGAACAGAUCAUACCUUUCAAAGGUAGAAGCUCCCUGAAACAAUACUGUCCCAUGAAGCCGAAGAAAUGGGGUUACAAAGCUUUCGUACUCUCAGGUGUAAGCGGCUUCUCCUACAAGUUAGAGGUGUAUACUGUAAAACAGAACUCAGCGGCAAGACUUCCAGGAGAGCCUGACUGUGGAGCAAGUGGAAAUAUUGUUGUUCGGUUGUGUAGGAUGAUUCCGAGAGGAGUACACCACAAAGUGUACUUCGACAACUAUUUCAACUGCCCAAGUUUGCAAGUGUACUUAGCACGAGAUGCUGUACACUGCAUUGGUACGGUGCGGAUCAACCGGGUCCCCGGAGUGAACAUGCCUUCUGAGCAGGAAAUGAAGAAAAAAGGAAGAGGACAUUUUGAGGAGAGAGUUGCGGUUGUAGAUGGCAUUGAACUGUCAUGUACAAGGUGGCAAGAUAACAGAGCUGUGACCUUGCUUUCCUCCUUUGUUGGAACACAGCCUGUUGGAAAUGCAUCAAGAUAUGAUCGACAAAAAAAGGAGCGGAGUGAAAUACCAUGCCCUUCGGUCAUCACAGUCUACAACAAGCACAUGGGAGGCGUCGAUCUAUUGGACUCCCUCAUCUCCCUGUAUCGUGCCUGCCUGAGGUCAAAGCGAUAUUACUUUCGUGUUUUUCUCCAUGUUCUUGACUUGACAGCCGUCAAUGCUUGGUUGCUGUACAAGAGGAAUGCCGUGACCGACCCUGAUGAGCACACAGGAAAGCUCCUUCCCUUGGCAGAAUUCAAGAUGGACCUCGCUACGUCACUAUGCAAGGCUGGCAAGAAGCAGCUCAAAAAGCGAGGAAGACCUAGCAAUGGGUCUGUGGAACAGGGCAUCGAAAUGAAGAAAAAAAGGGGACCGUCAGCACUUACUCCUACUCAGGAUGUCAGGCUAGAUGAGGUUGGUCACUCGGUUUUUUGGAGCCAGAAGCGGCAGCGCUGCAAGUUUCCUGGCUGCACGGGAAUCUGCAUGACGUACUGCUCGAAGUGUGGGAACCACCUUUGCUGCACAAGCAAGAACAAUUGCUUCUUUUUGUUCCACACUAAAACAUGA